AUGCCCCUGGGGAUAAGAGGAGAUGACAGAAGAGGCAAGGAGAGAGAGCAGGAGGGAGACAAAGAGAGGAUACCAUUAUACUGCAUUCCUCAUUGUUAG